ACUUGCAAUUAUCAAUCAGCGAUCGGAUCUUCGCCAUGGACGUGAAACAAGUUCUCUUCAUGAGCAAAGGAGAUGCAGAAAAUAACUACGCUCGUGCCUCCUCCUAUACGCAAAAGAUUGCGUCUUCCGCCAAGCCCACGAUAGCGAGUACAGUUGAUUCUCUGCUUGAGGAAGGUUUCUUCCCGUGCAAGCUCCUCAACGUGGCUGAUUUAGGCUGUGCUUUCGGUCCUAGCACAGAAGCUUUCAUGUCGACCGUUAUAGAGAGUGUACAGAAGAAGUGCGCGUGCUUGAACUGCUCGACGCCUGAGUUUCAAUUCUAUCUGAAAGAUCUACCCGGGAACGAUUUCAAUACUUUGUUUAAAGGCUUGUCUAAUUUCUCGCAAAACUAUGAAAGCUUAUCAUGCUUUAUAAUGGGAGCUCCAGGUUCUUUCCAUGGAAGGCUCUUCCCUAGAAAUUGCCUGCACCUCGCUCAUUCCUCCUAUGGCGCCCAUUGGCUAUCUCGGGUACCGAAUCUCACAAGCCAAGAAGGCUUCCCGUUGAACAAGGGAAGGAUCUACAUUUCGGAGACCAGCCCCGGUGUGGUGAAGGAGGCCUACUUGGCUCAGUUCCAAGCAGAUUUCUCGACAUUUUUGAAGUUCCGUAGUGAAGAGAUGGUUGAUAAUGGUCGUCUCGUGUUAAUACUAAAUGGGAGGGAAGAUAAGGACUUUGCGAACCUAGAUGACUACUUCUGUUGCGAAAAACUUGGGGAGGGGUUCGUUAAGGAAGAGAAACUAGACACCUUAAACGUGCAGUAUUACACGGCAUCUCCAGAGGAAGUUUAA